GCUAGCCAAAUACAUUGCUAACAAAAUGCACUACAGUGUUCUUCAGCAAUCAGAUAAUGACCCAGUGCAUCACAUCAAUGUACUCGAAUCCAUACAAAUUCCAUUUUUCAUGAGAGCACUACUCCUGAUAGUGGCCUUCUGCAUUGCCACUGAUGUGUGCCUUGCAAUGUAUGCUGGCGUGCUAUAUCUACAAAGCAGUCAAUGGCUAAGCCUUAAACCCUUGCCCUCGCCAAUUGCCACUCUAGAACGCAGCACCUACAUCCGUUUUGAUGAACUAUAUGCAAACAGAUCCAGAUCUAUUGUCUAUGACCCAAUUAUCAACCUCCCUCGUGUAUCAGUGCAGACUUCUUCUAGACAACAAGGGAAAUCAAUUCAUUAUCCAGACGAAACACUCAUAACGGAUAAUGGGUUGGUUCCUGUUUACUCCGUGAAACUUCAGGUAUCAUCAGAGAUCUCAACAAUCAUUCAAUUUCGAACCAUUGACUACGGAAUGGAAAACUGCAGUUUAGUCUUGGCAGUCCCAAUGACCUUAACAGGGAAUUCAAGCUUUGAAGCCCCAAUUUUUGAUGAGCAGAAAGCAUCCCAGAUACAUAUUUGGGCAGUUUCUCAACCUUCAAAACUUGAUUCACGGAACAUAACAUGGAACACAAAACCCCCUCUUCGCACCUUUUUGGGACAGUUAGAUGCUAGAAUGGGGUUGACAACCACUAUUUCAAACUUUCCUUGCAAAUCCGGAGCAUACUUCACAUUCGAACUAUCAUGUGCCACAGUGGAUUGUGGAAUGGAUGCUACAAUCAAGAAUAAAGAUGCAGUUGGAUUGUACCUAUUGCAACACCAAACUAUAUAACAUACUAUAGGAAAAAUGAGGUAGAUAUUGCGAUGUUAACAAUUAAUUACUAGGUGAAGCUCAGUAAUAAGUUGUACAUAGGUUCAGAUACACGCCAAUAAGUACUUGCGUUAAUGUGUUGUCCUUCUAUGAUCAUGUAUCUGUCCAAGGAGGACAUCAUGAUUGGCCAAUGGGUCGGUCAGCAAGUAGAGCAAAACGAGACAAUAGGUCUAAGUGCAGUCCAUUUUAGAGAGUGUACUUCAUAAAACUUGGCAGUGGUGUUUUAAAUAUAUACCAUUGAUACCAAUGGCUCGCAAAAGUUGCGCAACACAUUUGUAUCAGUAAUUUGAUCCCAUCUG